AUGGAGCACGAUUACGGAGGUAACGAUGGCGUGGAAGGCGAUAUUGAUGUUCCCAUCCCCAUCUCCAAAGGUGUCGCUUAUCGGUUUCCCUUUUCCGGAAAAAUCUACGCAUUUAGAGACAAUAUUACUGUCACAUACGGACAUAACAUCGCUCCUGUUGAUCCGUUUGCUAGCUUGUUUGAUUACCAGAAGCAUCGCGAUCCAGCAUUAGCUAUACCUAGAACAAGGAGGGAUGUGUCCUCGCUAUCCAGAAAGGUAUGCCUAAAUAACUCUCAGAACGAUGCAGAGUAG